CUAGGCAUCAAGAGAAAAGGGCUUGGUGUAUGUGGCUGGAUCCUGUUUUCGUUUUCUUUCCUGUUGAUGAUCAUUACUUUCCCUAUCUCCAUAUGGAUGUGCUUGAAGAUCAUUAAGGAGUACGAACGUGCUGUUGUAUUCCGACUGGGACGCAUCCAAGCUGACAAAGCCAAAGGGCCAGGUUUGAUCCUGGUCCUGCCUUGCAUAGACGUGUUUGUCAAAGUUGAUCUCCGGACCGUUACGUGCAACAUCCCUCCACAGGAGAUCCUCACCAGAGACUCUGUGACCACUCAGGUGGAUGGAGUGGUCUAUUACAGAAUCUAUAGUGCCGUCUCGGCAGUGGCUAAUGUCAACGAUGUCCACCAAGCCACAUUUCUGCUGGCUCAGACCACUCUGAGAAAUGUCUUAGGGACACAGACGUUGUCCCAAAUCUUAGCUGGCCGAGAAGAGAUUGCCCAUAGCAUCCAGACUUUACUUGAUGAUGCCACCAAGCUGUGGGGGAUCCAUGUGGCCCAAGUGGAAAUCAAAGACGUCCGGAUUCCCGGGCAGUUGCAGAGGUCCAUGGCUGCUGAGGCCGAGGCCACCCGGGAGGCCAGGGCCAGGGUCCUUGCAGCAGAAGGAGAAAUGAAUGCUUCUAAAGCCCUGAAGUCAGCCUCCAUGGUGCUGGCUGAGUCCCCCAUCGCCCUCCAGCUGCGUUACCUGCAGACCUUAACCACCGUGGCCACAGAGAAGAAUUCCACCGUUGUGUUUCCUCUGCCCGUGAAUGUACUAGAGGGCAUGGGUGGCAUCAGCUACAAUAACCACAAGAAGGUCCCUAACAGAACCUGA